AUAAUUACCGUCAUUUACCCCAUGCUAAAUAUCAUAACUUUCUUUAGUGCCAAGUCAGAUAUAAUUACCGCCAUUUGCCCCAUGCUAAAUAUCAUAACUUUCCUUAGUGCCAUGUCAAAUAUGAUUACCGCCAUUUGCCCCAUGCUAAAUAUCAUAACUUUC